UUUAGAUUCGAGACUAAGGAAGUUUUUGAAGAAAAUAGACGACUCUAGAGCAUGCCCAAGCAUUUAUUCGCCACGACAGUACAAGCUAUGAGCCUUUAAAAUUCCUUCUGCAUAUUGUAAAUUUGUUUGGGCGUAUUUUACAGUGCUUGUGAAUAGUUUUUUUUUUUUUUUUAAUGCGAACCAGGAAUUUAGGAUGGAAUUUUGCCAUGACCCUGAAAGGAGGCCUUCUAACUUAAUAAAUCGGAUCUUGUCGUGGCCGUCGUUCUAUGAGGUCCAUCAAGGCUURACAAGCAGUUCAUUUUCACAGCAAGUACUACGAGUAAAGAUCGCAAAGCUCGACUGAUUUCCAUACACGAAUGAUUAAUUCUUAAAAUAUUCCAAAGCGAUUGGACUGUACAACCCUCGAGCAAUAUCAAGCGAAAGUUUCAUUCAAGCGUUCACAGAGUUCGACGCUGCCCUAUACAUAUCCUAUGUCUGUGUCGAUAAAAAAAAGUCAGUUUGGAACUAGCACUUCCUUGGCGCUUAUAAUUCAGCCCAGCUGUUAGUUCGGACCGAUAAAAAAGAAAGAAAUCAGAGAGAUCUGCUCUUAGAUCCUCCAGCCUGCAAUAAAUUAACUUCAGUUAAAUAUUUGCUGCCAAGACGUAGACAGGCUAGAGAUUUACUCCAUAAAGUGCUAUCCUAUCGUUGAAAUGGCGUUAAGAGAGCUUGAGGAUUCCGAGUUCGAGAAAGAGAGUGAGACUUUUGAUAGCGGGYUGAGCAGAGAAGCUUUGAUUCAAUCAGAACUAUCUGGCAGCGUAAGCAUCUUACCCGACAAAGACGUAUCGUUCCAGCGAGAAGACAGUCAGAAGAAAAAUCGAUCACGUAAAUUAUACAUCAUCACAAUCAUCGUAGCCUUAGUUUUUCUACUCGGUAUCAUUCUACUUAUAGUUGGACUAGUUAUGAUAUCUACUAUACCUAAAUGCCAGACGUUAAGUGAAGAAGCUCGAUACCAAAUAAUGUGCCGACCAUCAAGCGAAGCACAAGAGAAUGGACUCUACAAACUUCUAGACAAAGUACAAACAUCAUACUACGAAUUAUUCCCUAAUAAAAUUGCUUACAAACGCCCAGUCUCGGUGACAGAGAUUCGUAAGAAGUUUCGUGUGUACGAUCCUUCGCCUGCAUCAAAGAAAAACGUGACGGACCAAGCGAUGGCAUUGUUGAAGGAAGCCAAUCAAUUGAAGUUGAAUAAGUUAAAACUUACUCAACGAGAAGCGAAGGCUUUAKCACAGUUGAAACAUUCCUUGAAGUAUAUGUAUGGAAAUACCUACAGCACUAAUUAUUAUGCAGGGGAUUACUUGCUUGGUCCUAACCUCUGGUGUAACUGGGAUCCUAUCUGUAACGUUGGUUUUGAUUUGUCCAAAACGUUGCGUUACUUUAAGCCAAAUACCGUAGAAGACAUGGAGCUGUUGCGUGACAAGCUUAAGGAGGUUCAGUUUGCGUUUAAUCAGUAUAUAGAAAACCUCAGGUAUGGGGUUAAAGCUGGCUUUGUAAGGACAGUGAAGGAAUGCCAAGCAAGCAUAAAUGGUUUAAAAUCACGCUAUAGGAAUAUAGCAAAUCAAGGAGAACAAGGUGUUUUCAAAGAGGACUUCCUUAAGGACAUCUUGAACGACAGUUUCCUGUUGAAUUUUACUCAGAACGCCAAUGAGAAAAGCAAAUGGGGAUCAAACUAUAGAAAACCAGCUAACGCAUCUUUGAAAGAGUUUAUUCUUGAAUAUGUUGGUAAACCAAUUGCUAACCUUUUCAGGUAUUAUCGAACGGAGCACAUGGUCCAUUGCGUCCCCAGUACUGUGUCCAGCGGUCUCUCUUCUCUACCGCUACCAUUCGUCUWUGUCAAUGGUASWGCCAACAUAAGUCAACCCACGACAAAACAGCUACCAACAGGGGARAAACUCAAUGGCAAAAACACUUAUAAGAUGUUGGUAGGAGCCUUUACGACCAAUAAUAUGACGCCGGAUGAAAUUUACGAUCUGGGGAUUCAACUGCUCAAUAAAUUGUAUCCAGAGGCUCUAAACCUCGCUAAAAAAGUAACAAGUCAAUCAAAUAACGAAACUGCGGUUCAACUUUUUCUACAAAAGCUCAACUCAUCGGAAAUGUUUUACAACAAAGAAAACAUGCCUGCCAACGAAUCCGACCAGAACGCCUACAAGAUGUGCAGUACSGUUGAAGAUGCUAAAAAAUACUGCCCGAAGCGAUGGGAAGCUAUUCAAAAGUGGUUUGCGGAUAUACGAAUGUAUAAUAGCCUUAUCUACCCAAAGAUUGUCCGAAUGUUCCAUUUUGCGGGAGACAAGUACUCUGUUCCAAACUGUCCCAUAGAUGUUGAACCAGAACUGAACCCGUCAGUAGGGGCAAACUACAUGCCCGCAGGACGAGCGUGCAAGAAAAGUGCUUUAUAUAAGGUUUCGUUUUUCAAUAAAAGAUUUGGGCCAAAAUGGGUAGUUUUGAGCACUUCUGCACACGAAGGAAGACCUGGACACCAUACACAGGCUCAAGGCAUGUACGAGCGCUUUCGUGACACAUGUGGUGGUGUGAUCAGCUGGUUGGACUCUCUCACAUUUUAUUCGGCAUUUAUCGAGGGCUGGGGGAUGUACGCAGAAAGUCCGCUGGUUGGCAAGGAAACCGACGUCUAUGAUGAACGACCCUUGGAUAAAUAUGGUUUAAUAAAGUGGCAGGUUUGGCGAGCCCUUCGGUUAGUUGUAGAUGCCGGCUUACAUUAUAAAGGAAUGUCUCGAGAAAAAGCCUUGGACUUUUUUGCUAAGUACGCCUGGGAUAAGAGUGAGAUGGCAGAAAAAGAGGUGACUCGUUACCAGUCCGGUUUCGGCCAAGCAACCUCGUAUAUGAUUGGCCACCAACAGAUUGUAAAAUCAAGGGCUUACGCUCAAAGGGAACUGGGCGCUGAGUUUGACCUGAAAGAUUUCCACUUCUAUUUGCUCUCUCAAGGAUCUUAUCCUUUGAAUUAUGUGACGGAAAUUGUGGAGACGUAUGUUGGCUGUAUGAAAAAUAAGAAAGAACCUGGAUGUGACAAUGUACUAAACCCGCCAAAAGCACCAGAGGGUUAUGGUAUAGAUCAGGGGAUCCAAGGGGACGCGGAGUAUAAAUAUGAUCCACCACAACUAAUACGAGAAGCGCGUUACUAUUAGAAAACACAUUAAAAGUCGUGACGUCAUUGCAGACGUCAUCUACACCAUUACAUUAUCGUAGGAGUGUGAAACAAUUGCGGUAUGACGUCAUGUACCGUAGCCGUGACGAUGCGUGCCGCGCCCGAGUAUUUUAUUAUUAUCGCGCGCGCAUCGCUAUUGGUUCGAUGGAUUCCCUCAUGUCCGUAAUGUAUCGUUACCUUGCAAUACGCCUUUUCACGCUCAUAUGAAAUCUAAUCUAAUUAACUACGAAAUCAUCAUCACCUCGCGCGUCAUCAUCACUAACUCAAGCACCAUGACGUUACUAUUCACACGUAAUCAAUGACGUAAUAGACGUAUGGCAUCAGUAUAUCGCCAGUAAACAUGUAACACAGUUGUCCACACACACGUCACUGAUACUUUUAAACACCAUUCUUCAAAAAUCAAUGACGUCAUCAUCUGCAUCAGUUUUUUUACGUCACCUAGAUUUUAUCAUUCAUUGCUCACUUCAUAGUCAUGUAUGAAGCUUCGAAGUUGUUACGCAUUUCCGGGGCUAACUUCUCAGAAAAACCGCGAGCAAAAUGUUCUCAAUGAAUUAUCUUCCACCUGAGACAAUUUGAACUUUGAACAACAAUUAAUUCCUGUCUUGAAGAAAGAGUGAAAAAAUACUUCAUAGAAGUGCUUUUCGUUCUCGACCCGGAAGUCGUGUUUCCACAUCACACUUAAAAGCGUUAUAUCCAUGAUUCUUAAUUAUAUAUCUUCGAUCACAAAUAAUUGUCAACACAAUGACAGAGCCAUAUGAGUUAUUAACUUGUUUAUUAAAGUGUCUAUUUAAGAGUAAAUAAAAUAAAGAGUAAAUUCCGUUGAGAAAGCUA